UAGCUGCCCACACAGCGACCUGAGUGUUUGUGCUGUCAGGGAAAUAAAGCACGGCGUCCCCAUUGAUCAUGCAACCAGCUUUCUUCCUACUCAUGGUCAUUUCUGUGUCUGUCAUGGUGGACUGUACACCGAGGCUCUGGGACCCUGAGCGACUUCUUCAACAUCAGCAGAGCAGCUUCAGUACGGAAGAACAUGGAGAUAUAUCUGCUGGUACAAGGCGUUUCUAUUUGGAGCAGCGUGGAUCAAGGAGAAAAGUCAUUCAAAGGCCCUUUCUAGUUAUUCUGCCAGCAAGAACAGAAACAAGCAACUUUGUGUCAAUAUUUGAUUUGAAAAGAAAGAGGUUCCUCUGCAUGGACAGAGAGGGAGAGCUGUAUCACUCUAGACAAAGAAACAGAGAAGAAUGUCUCUUCCAGCGUAUUUGGUUAGACUUUGAGAACCCCCGUGAAGUCUUUUACUCUACAAGUGGAGAACGACUGCUCAAACUUGAAGCAGCUGAGCUGCCGGUUUCCCACCAUGAGCCACCUGAACCUCCAUUAUCCUUGAUGCAGAGGUUCCUGGGUAAGAGACGGAAGAGGAGUGAGGAUGUGAACCCCUCGGAUCCGCUACGAUCAGAGUCACAUCCUUCACAUUCGGCUAAGGAUCACAGGCAGGACACAGAACCCAAGCAACAGCCGCCUGAACAGGAACAAACUGGAUCUGUGUCCAAAGAGACCAUCACGUCUUGUGAUGACCCCCUGCGAGUUUUACAGCCCAAUGUGCCCGUCAGUCCGGUCAAAACAAAUAUAGCAGAACAGGCAGAACAUGAUUAAGAGAAUGAACUUUGAUUAUCACAUGCAAAACCAAGACACUGAAAGUUUUUGCUCCAUAUGAAAGCUCUGGGCGAAUCUGCUCAUAGGGAGUAUUUACUCUUAAAUAUUGUUCUACAUUUUCAAACUAUAGUAUCACUGAAACCACAGCCUGGCUUAAAGCACAGGCAAACUGAUAUCAAAGAGUAGAUGUUAUUAGCUGAUGAACAUUAAACUAUUACUAUUUCACAAUUUUGGGAUUCAAUUUUCCCAUAACUAGUUUUCAUAGAAACAUGUCAGUUGGUACUCCAUGUUACAUCAUAGCAGCUUUAAAAAGGCCUUUUGUUUGAAUAGCACAUGAGGGAUACGUUUGGCAACAUUUGACAUAAUCAGGCAGCGAGUUUGGUCCAGCGUCCUGCUGUCCUUUAACCUCCUUUGUCAGUUAAAUUUUAAACCAUAGGCCAGAUGUGGCAACGCUCGUUUUGCACAUGUAAAAGUGUGUAAUCUCUGAGUAAUUGUGAAUAUUUAUGCAUACACUAAAGUCUCAUAGGGGCUCAAAGGUUUAACAAAAUUUAAGCAGUCUUCUGUUACUGAUAAAAAAAAAAGAAAAAAAAAAUCAUAAGCAGCAAUAAAUAAACAAGAUCUAAUCAUGUCAGGUGCCGGCCACCAACAGAGAACAGUGAUGAAUGGUAUUUAUUUAUUGAAAAGUGUGAAUCCUACCAAGCCUGUUGUAUUAUUUAUAUAUUUCAUGUUGUUUUGUUUCUGAAUAAAUAAUAACUAUUUUGUGGA